GCUGGGAUCAGCGCGUGCGAAAAGGGCAAGCAGUGGCAGCGGGCGCUUGCGCUGCUGAGCGAGAUGCGGGAGACGAUGCUGGAGCCCAACUCAGCUACAGCGCUGGGAUCAGCGCGUGCGAGAAGGGCGGGCACUGGCAGCCGGCGCUGGCGCUGCUGAGUGACAUGUGGGAGGUGCGACUGGAGCCCAGCGACAUCUUUCCUAUUUGGCCGGCGCCGUCAGCUACAGCGCUGGGAUCAGCGCGUGCGAGAAGGGCGAGCAGUGGCAGCCGGCUCUGGCGCUGCUCAGCAAGAUGUGGAAUGCGACUGUGAAGCCCGGCGUCAUCUUCUACAAUUCUGGGAUCAGCGCGUGCGCGAAGGGCGAUCAGUGGCAGCGGGCGCUGGCGCUGCUGACCGAGAUGCGGGAGGCGAAGCUGGAGCCCAACGUCAUCAGCUACAGCGCUGGGAUCAGCGCAUGCGCGAAGGGAGAUCAGUGGCAGCGGGCGCUGGCGCUGCUGACCGAGAUUUCGGAGGCGACGCUAGAGCACAACGUAUUUUCACCUACAGCGCUGGGAUCAGCGCGUGCGAGAAGGGCAAGCAGUGGCAGCAGGCGCUGGCGCUGCUGAGCGAGAUGCGGGAGGCGAAGCAGGAACCGAACUUAGCUAUAAUGCUGGGAUCAGCGCGUGCGAGAAUUGCGAGCAGUGGACGUCGGCGCUGGCGCUGCUGAGCGAGAUGCGGGAGGCGAAGGUGUUGCCCAACGUCAUCUUCAGUUACAGCGCUGGGAUCAGCGCGUGCGAAAAGGGCGAGCAGUGGCAGCGGGCGCUGGCGCUGCUGAGCCAGAUGUGGGAGGCGAAGGUGUUGCCCGACUCAUCAGCUACAGCGCUGGGGUCAGCGCGUGCGUGAAGGGCGAGCAGUGGCAGCUGGCACUGGCGCUGCUGAGAGAGAUGUGGGAGGUGGAGCUGAAGCACGACUCCUAGUCAGCUACAAUGCUGGGAUCAGCGCGUGCAAGACAGGCGAGCAGUGGCCGCGGGCGCUGGCGCUGCUGAGCGAGAUGUGGGAGGCGAAGGUGUUGCCCGAAGUCGUCAGCUACACCGCUGGGAUCAGCGCGUGCGAGAAAGGCGAGCAGUGGCAGCUGGCACUGGCACUGCUGAGCGAGAUGUGGAAGGUGAAGCUGAAGCCCGACUCAGCUACAGUGGUGGGAUCAGCGCGUGCGAGAAGGGCCACCAGUGGCAGCGGGCGCUGGCGCUGCUGAGCCGAGAUGUCGGAGGUGAUGCUGGAGCCCGACGCAUGGUCAGCUACAAUGCUGGGGUCAGCGCGUGCGAGAAAUGCGAGCAGUGGCAGCGGGCGCUGGCGCUGUUCGGCGAGAUGUGGGAGGCGCAGGUAUGGCCCAACGUCUCAGCUACAACGCUGGGAUCAGCGCGUGCGGGAGGGGCAAGCAAUGGCAGCGGGCGUUGGCGCUGCUCGGUGAGAUGUGGGAGGCGAAGCUUGAGCCCGACGGCGUUAGCUACAGUGCUGGGAUCAGCUCGUGCGAGAAGGGCAUGCAGUGGCAGCGGGCGCUGGAGCUGCUCGGCGAGAUGCGGGAGGCGAACCUUGAGCCCGACGGCAUCUCUCCUGCAGUGCAGGAACCGCUACGUGCCAGAAGGUGCUGUGUUUCAACCUUCUUCCGAACCGUCCUGUGGUUUUGGGUCCUCG